AUGGCACGUCGAGGCCGCAGCUUGGUUUUGAGCCUAUGCCUGGGCGCUGCCGCACUCCUGAUGUGCUGGCAGCUGGUGUCGCCUGCCUUCCUGCAGCCCAAGCAGAACAACAGGGGCUUGGAAGCUGCUGCUCCUGCUGCGCUGGGUGCAUUGGCCUCCAUGGCAGGAACCAUGCCAGCGGAGGCAUUGAAGGGUCCGCUUACCGGCAGUGACCUGUGCACCAAGCCCCUGAUCUACUUGAUCUACCCAUUGUGCGACCCGCUCUUCUUGGUGUGCCCGCUCUACAACUUCCCUCUGGUCUUGGGCUUCUUCGCUGCAUUGGUCACGGUCAUUAACCUGAUUCUGCCUGAGACGCAGCCAGAUGAGGAUCUUCGCGUGGGCUGA